GGAUUGCGAAGUUUAGACAAACAUUUUUAUCUUCUUCCUUCCUUUCCCUCUCCGCGCCUGCGACACACUCUCUCUCUCUGUCACAACAACUCCGUUCUUCUUCUCCGGUAAGCCUCAAUUUCAAUUUCACUCACAAAAUUUAUCAUAAUUUCAAUUCCUAUUUCUUCACAUAUCAAUUAUCAAUAUUCAAAUUCUACUUAGUUACUAGUUUCCAUUAAUUAAUUUGCGGCAUCAAUAAAUAAACACAUUUAGGUUUAGUUUUCGAUAUGGAUUCGGUGGAAAAGAGGGACGAGGAAGAUUUUGAGUUUACUGAUAAUAGGAAGCAGAGGUCAAGGAAGUAUGUAAACGGCGAUGAAGGUGACGGUGAUGUUGUAGGUGUAGGUGAAGGUUCUGAUGGAAGUGGAAGAAGGAAGCGUUCUGGUAAAGGGGAGAGUGAUGAUUAUGAUUUGAAGUCGAAGGCUGCGAGGAAUACAUUGGAGAAGUUGAGUAGUUUUUAUGAGGAUGGUGAGUUGGAAGGUGGGGAUAAGAUGGGAAGGAAUGCUCAUAGAGGUAAAGAGGAUUUUAGGUAUUCGGAAAAGAGUGAAAGUGGAAGAGAGUCGAGAGAUAAGAGCCGUGGGUCGUCUGAACAUGUUAAGAGUUCUAGUUCUAGAAGGAAGUGGGAUGAAGUUGAUAUUGUUAGUGUGAAGAAAGGGCAGGAUAGUGUUUCUGAGAAAAGUGAGUUGAAGAGUGGUAAGGUUUCCGAUGGUAAGAGGAGUGAGUCUAGGGAGAGGAGUGGAUCUGCUAAGAAUGAACAUGGGGAGAGUAAAGUUUCUGCUAGUGAUAAUAAGGUUGUUAAGUCUGGUGGUAAAGAUGAUAGAAGAAGUGAUUCUGAGAGAGGUAAGAGUAAAGGGAAGGUUGAAACGCCGGAUGAUAGGGUUGAGAAACCUAGGCGUCAAAGAACACCGACUGGUUUUGAUGUGGCUGAAACUUUGGAGAAGCCGGGAAAUGCAGAUGAGGAUAGCAAUGUUCGGGUUAGGGAUAAGAAUGUUAGAGAAACCGGGAACUCGACCAGAUCUAGGACGCCUGAGAAGAGUGGAAAGCGCCAUCAAGAUUUGGAGAAUUCGGAGAUGGAUCAUGAAAGAAGUGGUAGUUUUAAAAGAAAGGAAAUUGAGAGUGAUGAUUAUAAAGAUGAUAGGUCCAAAGGCAAAGAUGAAACUUGGAGUGAUAGGAGGAAAGAUCGGGAAAAUUCUAAAGAGAAUUGGAAAAGGAGGCAGCAGAGUAAUAGUGACAGAGAUUCAAAGAAGGAGGAUGGUGCUUUUGAUCAGAACAGAGAGUGGGAGUUGCCCAGACACGGUUAUGAUAGGAUGGACAACGAAAGGCCUCACGGUCGGUUAGGUGGUAGAAAAGAUGGAUUUAGGGGGGAAGCUGUGAAAACAACAACGAAGUUUGGAAUUUCAAAUGAUAAUUAUGAUGUGAUAGAGAUCCAGCCAAAGUUCGUUGAUUAUGGAAAAUCAGAUUCUGUAUCCAACCUUAACAAGAGAACUGAAAGUAAAUCUGGCAGUAAUCAUGAAGAAUGGACACAUCAUCCAGAUGAGAGAGCAAGAAAGAGUGAUUUAUCCGGUUCUGGGACACCUAGUGAAGAUCAGAAGGAGAGAUAUGCUGAUGAUGACUAUGAUUUUUACGGUGGAAGAGGAAGAGGUCAAAAAAGUGUUGCAAAUACCCGUGGUACCGGUGGCUCACAGUCUCAAUAUGGAAACCCGGAUUCUGGAUCCUUUAACAGAGGUGGUCCACAAGGAAUAAAAGGGAACAGGGUUGGUAGAGGAGGAAGGAUUAGGCCUCCUGGGAGAGACAACCAGCAGGUUGGAAUGCAAUUGCCAAUGAUGGGAUCACCUUAUGGUCCUCUGGCCAUGCCUCCACCCGGACCAAUGCAGCCUCUUACCCAUGGUAUGUCACCUGGUCCUCCAAUGUCCCCUGGAGUCUUCAUGUCACCAUUCAACCCAUCUGUUUGGCCUGGACCUCGAGGUGUCGACAUGAGUAUAAUGGGUGUUCCACCCGCAGGGUCUCCUGUGCCUCCUGGUCCAAGAUUUAAUGUUGCUAAUAUGGGGAACCCACCUAAUCCUGCAAUGUAUUUUAACCAAUCAGGCCACGGAAGGGGGAUUACCCCAAGCAUUUCUAGUCCUGGUUUCAAUCAUACAGGACCGAUGGGUAGAGGAGCACCACCUGAUAAAACUCCAGGGGGAUGGGCUCCACCUAAAAGUAGUGGAAGUAUGGGUAAAGCUCCUUCCAGAGGUGAGCAGAAUGAUUAUUCUCAAAAUUUUGUUGACACUGGUAUGCGGCCUCAGAAUUUCAUCAGGGAGCUUGAGCUGACGAAUGUUGUAGAGGACUAUCCUAAGCUUAGGGAGCUUAUACAGAAAAAGGAUGAGAUUGUGGAAAAAUCUGCAUCCACUCCCAUGUAUUACAAGUGUAAUCUGAAAGAAUUUGAACUGGCUCCAGAGUUCUUUGGGACCAAGUUUGAUGUCAUUCUCGUGGAUCCUCCAUGGGAGGAGUAUGUGCACCGAGCGCCUGGUGUUGCUGAACACACGGAGUGCUGGACAUUUGAAGAGAUAAUGAAUCUCAAGAUUGAGGCUAUAGCAGAUACUCCUUCUUUCAUCUUCCUUUGGGUGGGUGAUGGUGUAGGCCUUGAACAAGGCCGUCAAUGUCUAAAGAAGUGGGGAUUCCGUAGGUGUGAAGAUAUAUGUUGGGUGAAGACAAAUAAAAGUACUGCAACUCCAGGACUGCGGCAUGAUUCACAUACUUUAUUUCAACAUUCAAAGGAACACUGUUUGAUGGGAAUAAAAGGAACAGUUCGUCGAAGUACUGAUGGCCAUAUUAUUCAUGCCAAUAUUGACACAGAUGUAAUUAUUGCUGAAGAACCUCCUUACGGUUCAACCCAAAAACCUGAAGAUAUGUAUAGGAUAGUUGAACACUUUGCCCUUGGAAGGAGGAGACUUGAACUAUUUGGUGAAGACCAUAAUAUCCGAGCCGGCUGGCUGACUCUUGGUAAAGAACUGUCGUCUUCAAAUUUUAAUAAGGAGGCAUAUGUCAAGAACUUCGGUGACAAGGAUGGAAAGGUUUGGCAGGGAGGUGGUGGAAGAAAUCCACCUCCUGAGGCACCUCAUCUGGUGGUGACUACUCCUGAUAUAGAGGCUCUUAGGCCAAAGUCCCCAAUGAAGAACCAGCAACAAAUGCAGCAGCAGCAAUCAGUAACCAUUUCUUUGACGUCAGGUAACGGGCCAAACAGAAGGCCCACUGGGAAUUCACCGCAGAAUCCAACUGCAUUCGGUCUCAACCAAGAAGCCUCUGGCUCAAACCCUUCUACACCAGCUCCAUGGGCUUCUUCACCGAUGGAGAGCUUUAAGGGGCGUGAAGGCUCUGUAUUGCCUUCAGAUGAUAAAGUUUUUGAUAUGUAUGGGUUUAAUGGACCACCAACACCAGCUGGCUAUCUAGAUUUUGAAUCAUACAGACAAAUGAAUACGUUGUAGCAUAACUUUGAGAUAAAGUUGCGUUAUUAUGUAUUGUAGAUGUUUUUUCCCAGCCAAUAUAAAUGGGAAGAAAAUUAUUCGCAAUAUGUCUGUUCAUUCUUUUGGUAGCGCCGCGAUUACAUUAUUUUGUUAGGGGAAUAAGAGAAAGCGUUGGAUUACUGUAAAAUUAGUUACGUUUUAUGUCUUAUUUUAUCAUAUGAUCUGAAGCAAUAUAAGUUUAAUUCACGUCUUUCCCGUGAUUAUGAAAA